GUAUUGAGAGCUUUGAAGGCAACUAUUUCCACAGCUGGGAUUAUCGCAGUGCUGACGAUAUGGAAGGAAAAAGAGUGGUGGUGAUUGGGAUUGGGAACUCUGGAGGUGAUAUUGCUGUGGAUAUCAGUAGAGUUGCUGAAAAGGUGUACCUCAGUGCCAGGAGCGGAGCGUGGCUUGUCAGUCGUGUAGGAGAGGGUGGGCUCCCAGCUGACCUUGUUGGCACUUCUCGAAUGGAUAUGAUGAUGGGGAAGCUCUUCCCCUCGUGGGUCAAUAAGAUGGUGGAGAAUAAACUGAACAAAGUAGUCAACCACAAACUAUACGGCCUGCAACCAAAUCAUGGUUUUUUUCAACAGAUCCCUCUUGUGAAUGACGACCUGCCAGCUCGGAUCAUUUCCGGUCGUGUUCAGUUGAAACCAAACGUGAAGCAGUUUUGUGGAUCCACUGUGGUCUUCGCCGAUGGCAGCGUUAUAGACAAG